AUGUACUCCGUUGCCAGAUGCUCCCUCCGUGCUGCUCGCACUUUACCAAGAAGAUCAGUCUUAAACGCAGCUGUUCGUUUAAACUCCACUGCUGCUCCAGCUGCUGAAUCAAACUCUGCUCCAGUUGAUCCAAAAAUUUCAAACAUUGUUAAUGAAAUCUCAAAAUUAACUCUACUAGAGACUGCUUCUUUAAUUUCAGAAUUGAAAACACAAUUAAACAUCCCAGAUAUUGCAUUCCCAGCUGCUGGUGGUGCUCCAGCUGCUGCUCCAGCUGCUGUUGAAGAAGAAGCUCCAAAAGAAGAAGAACAAGAAGAACAAACUAUUUUUGCUAUUAAAUUAGAAAGUUUUGAUGCUAAAUCUAAACCAAAGAUUAUUAAAGAAGUUAAAGGUUUAUUAGGUUUAUCAUUAGUUGAAUCUAAAAAAUUCGUUGAAGCUGCUCCAAAAAUUUUAAAAGAUAACGUUGCUAAAGAAGAUGCUGAUAAAAUAAAGGCUGCUUUAGAAGCUUUAGGUGCUAAAGUUGUUCUUGAAUAG